AUGUCUUCCAUGAAUGUCAUAAACCCAAAGGAAGAAGGCGAUAUCUCUUCGGUCUUCGUCUCACUCUCUGGCGCCAAGCCCACACCACUUCCCGAACGUUUUGCUGAUAUCAAGCGCAACCUUAUCCGCGGCCAUGAGGAGGCUGUUCAAGCAUCUUUCACUCGCCUUGUUGAGCAACUUGCAGUCGAGAAUCGAAAAGUUGCGGAGUUGGGCCCGAAAAUUAUCCCAAGUGUGACUUUCAAGGAUGUUCUUGAGAAGAACGUAAGUGAGGAGCAGUUGAAAGAUAUGAGAGAUAAGGGUGCACUUGUUAUUAGGGGUGUCGUGGAUGAGACAACUGCGAGAGGUUAUAAGCAGGAGGUCGAAGAUUACGUUAAGUUGAACCCUAGUACUAAGGGCUUCCCAGCUAAUGAUCCACAAGUCUACGAACUCUACUGGUCACCACCACAAGUUAAAGCUCGUGGUCAUCCAAACAUGAUCAUUGCUCAAAAGUUCCUCCUCAGCCUCUGGCACUCCGUCGAUCCUAACUCACCCAUUUCAAUUUCUCAACCUGUCACUUACGCUGAUCGUGUUCGCAUUCGUCAGCCUGGUGAUGCCAUCUUUGCUCUCGGUCCUCACGCCGAUGGCGGAUCUGUUGAACGCUGGGAACCCAAUGGCUACGGUAUCAACGGAGUAUAUGACGCCAUCUUCCAAGGAAAGUGGGAAGAAUUUGAUCCUUUCGAGUCUUCAUCCCGUGUACCUGCUGUUAGCGAUCUCUAUCAUGGUGGAGGAAGCUGCUCCAUGCUUCGCAUGUUCCAGGCCUGGCUCAGCAUGUCCCACACUGCGCCUGGAGAAGGCACAUUGAAGGUCAAUCCACUUAUCAAGCUUGCUACCGCUUACUUCUUGCUCCGACCUUUCUUUGAGCCCAUCAAAGAAUUGCCGGAGGGAAAGGAGGAUGAAUAUACUGCAGAAUACCUUAGUCCCGAUAAUUGGAAAUUGAUUCCAUCUGAUCAGAUGACCACUGCCCUUCAUGGUGCUACCCCAAGUCAUGGACAGGAGAUGACCGAAAAGCUUCACCCACAUUUAGAUUUGAAGAAUACUAUGGUUCAUAUUCCAAAGAUUAAUCCAGGUGACUACGUUGCUUGGCACUGUGAUAUGAUCCAUGCCGUGGACAAAACUCAUGCGGGCAAAUCCGACAGUUCCGUCCUCUAUAUUCCCGCCUGUCCUCUCACUCCUAUCAAUGCCGAAGCACUUGCCCGUCAACGUGAUACCUUUCUCUCCGGCGUUCCAGGUCCGGAUUUCCCAGGUGGAAAGGGCGAGAGUGAGCAUAUUGGUCGACCAGGUCUCGAAGAAGUUGAGUCCUGGACUGGUGAAGAGGGAUUGCGGGCUAUGGGUUUGAGCAAAUUUGUUGUUGAAAGCGAAAAGGGAGCUGGUGUUGAAAAGGCUGUUGAGAUCGGAAAUAAUUAUAUGGGCUUUUAG